GGGGGCGGGACGGGGCGAUGCUGGGUGCCCGGGAGGGGCCGGGCUCUGCCGAGUCGUGGCCGGAGGAGCUGGGAGGCGGCUGAGCGCCCGAGGAGCGAGUAGGCGCCACAGGGAGCACCGCGGAUGAUGGAGCAGUGCCUUGGUGUCUCUCCAAGAGGAGAAAUUUGGAGUUCCUUAACAUGGCCUGAUAUGAAGGAGUCACGCCUCCCACCUCCCGGAGCCCACAACCCCCUGUGGCUGCCUCGUCCUUCAAGUGCAGGAGCUGGUUGAAAUGUCAGGAAUGGAAGCUAAUGUGACUAUCCCAAUUUGGCAAAACAAGCCACGUGGGGCUGCACGCAGUGUGGUGAGAAGAAUUGGGACUAACCUGCCCCUGAAACCAUGUCCCCGGGCAUCCUUUGAAACCCUGCCCAGCAUCUCUGACCUGUGUCUGAAGGAUGCACCUCCAGUCCCUACCCUGGCUGACAUUGCUUGGAUUGUUGCAGAUGAUGAAGAGACAUAUGCCCGGGUCAGGAGCGAUACACGCCCCCUGAGGCACACUUGGAAGCCCAGCCCUUUGAUUGUCAUGCAACGCAAUGCCUCAGUACCCAACCUGCGUGGGUCUGAGGAGAGACUCCUGGCCUUGAAGAAGCCAGCCCUGCCAGCCCUGACCCGAACCACAGAACUGCAGGAUGAGCUGAGCCACCUGCGCAGCCAGAUUGCUAAAAUAGUGGCAGCUGAUGCAGCUUCGGCUUCAUUAACGCCAGAUUUCUUAUCUCCAGGAAGUUCAAAUGUCUCUUCUCCCUUACCUUGUUUUGGAUCCUCAUUCCACUCUACAACUUCCUUUGUCAUUAGUGACAUCACUGAGGAGACCGAGGUAGAGGUCCCUGAACUUCCAUCAAUCCCCCUGCUUUGUUCUGCCAGCCCUGAAUGUUGCAAACCAGAUCAUAAAGCUGUCUACAGCUCAUCUGAAGAGGAUGACUGCAUCUCUCUGUCAAAAGCCAGUAGCUUUGCAGAUAUGAUGGGGAUCCUGAAGGACUUUCACCGUAUGAAACAGAGCCAAGAUCUGAAUCGGAGUUUAUUGAAAGAGGAAGACCCAGCUGUCCUUAUCUCUGAGGUCCUGAGGAGAAAGUUUGCUCUGAAGGAAGAAGAUAUCAGUAGGAAAGGAAAUUGAUAGCACUCAGCUCUGCAGACUCAAGUCACAGGCUCCUGUAAUUCCUUCAAUAGCUGCCUUCCUCACCGCAGAUGUCUCUGCCUCUAAGUUAGAAAUAUGCAACAAUCUUGCCGAAAGCUAGAGCUUGGAUUUCAAGAGUUGGAAUUUCUAUUUCACAUAUUACAAGCCUCAGCAAAUGCUGAGGCCCUUUUUGAGCUCAAACACUUGUUACAGAUAAAUAUACAGAUUGGAAUGUCUCAGUCUAAAGAGUGAGAAAGAAGUUUCUGGUUUUCCUUACCCCAGUGUGGUAAUAGGUCUUAGCUGAAUGACUUACUUCACUGUACCAGACCCCAUAAUUGGUCUCACCAGGCACUUGUGCUCAGCUGUCACUCUUAGCAGCUUCCUUACAACACAGUAGGGCUAAGGGGAGGGGGCUAUAAAUGUUUAUUAUGUACUUGCUCAAUGGGCAGGGAAAAUCUUGUGCUGCUCCAUCAUAAACCAACAUCAGUGCCCAGCAGUCACCCUCUACCCACCCGUCCCAACACCUAGAUAUAGAGGCCAGGCCAUUGGACCAGAUGACACAGGCUGCUGCUGGGAGGCCUGAGCUGUUUUUUCUUAAUGUAUUUUAUAAUAAUUGUACAACCAAAUCUAUCCUCCAAUGCCUAGAGCUUCAGAAGUUCACUGAUUUGAAAAACUCUUUUGAGGACUUUUGUUUUAACCUUAGUAGGAAAGAGAAAUGGGGAGGAGAAAGAAAACAUCAUUCUAGGCCCCUGACUGCUCCUUUGCAUUAGGCCGUGGUCUCUAUCUGCUACACCAUGCAUGACUCAGAUGCCCUCAGGACCCCUUCUCUAUGGUAUGUAUCCUGUAUGUUUGGGUGAAGCACUACCUGACAUUAAAGGAAGGAUUUGAUGAGA